AAAAGAACUUCAAAAUAAAUCUUGCGGAAUGAUACAAUAUUUAUCCCUAUGCAAUCAAUGCAGAACCAGCGCCACGAAAUCGACAGCUGACAUAUGCAUGCGAAUGAUUGGGUUCAGCGACUGUAUUCCAUCGAUCGCUUCUUCUCGGCGGUCUCGAUGAUUAUCGUUCUUGAGGAUAGUUAUCAUAAUGUGUACAUUUUCACAGCAGCAGCAGCCAACAAUGGUUGAGAGCACUGGUUAGUCACGGCAUGCAGACGACAUAUUGUUUAAUGAAUAAAUGUCUUACCGGAAGAGUAGAAAAUGGAAGCUCCGCCUCCAUCAUACCAAGAAGCGGUAAAUUCUGAACCCUCUACAUCAUCUUCAUUUACAAUAAUUCCGUCCCAAAGUUCACCUGAGUCAAGUGCAGCAGGUGGACACGUAUCUGAAUUAUGUGUUUGUCCACAGCAUGGUAUUGUGCCUCGUUUAAAUGUGUGUAUAUGUGGAAGAGACGGUUUUCAGAGUGGUGCAAUUCAAACGACGUCAUGUCAACACUGCAGCAACUACGUCAUUGUUCAACGCCAUUAUUUCAACACUCAUGCCCCUAAUAGUGACACCAAUAUUCAUUCAAGAAAUGAAAUCAGUGAAGAACAUUGUGACCAAUCAGUAUCAAAUGACGUGUCUGUACAUUUUGAUUCCGCAAAAGGAACAGUGAGCUCCCUUAUUUCAGAACCCGAACGUGAACCGAUGCUUUCCGAUGCAAAUAGGUUGACAGGAUCUGGGGAAGACGAGGAAGGAACAGAGGGCGCAUGCGCUAAUUGUAACACCGGUUCAUUCUGUGCAGCCUCAUUUCUAGCAAUUUUUGUCAUUAUUCUAAUAACUGUCUUCACAUUCUACUUAACGUGAUGGGAAUUUUAUGUUAUAUCCUAUUAAGAUACCUUACUGCGAAAGAAUACAAUUGCUUGUUAAGAUAAUUUGUUUUCGAAAAUUAUAAUUAAAUGUUUUAGAUUUAAAAAAAAAAAAUAAUAACUAUAACAUGUAUUAUGUAUGAAUUAAUCGUUUUUGUUUCUUUAUGAAUUGUUUUCUCAUGCUGUUACAA